AUGUUUAAAGCGUUUUACAAUUAUAUUUUGCGAAGACCUUCGGUUAUGUUUACCACAGCAGUUAUUUCGGCCUUUGGGUUUGAGAUAACUGUGGAUAAAGGUGUAGACAAACUGUUUGCAAGAGUUAAUAAAGGGGUGAGCUGUGAAUUUUUAUCAAUAAUUUUGUAG